AUGAAGCUGCUCUCCUUCGAAGCCCCCCAGCAGCAGUUCAGCUCUCGGCGGGGCCUCCAAGUCGGAGAGGAAGUCUCGAGAUGUUGCGCACGAUGUUACCUGUCUGUGCUCGGGACCCCUCGCCUCUGCGUCGACAUCUUCUCGCUGCUGGCUGUUCUCUUCUGCACAUUCACCGUCCCGUACGAGAUGGCCUACAAUCCAGACAAAGACCCAGUCAUAAUCGGGAUGGAGAUGACAGUCGAGAUCUUCUUUAUCAUCGAGAUAUUCCUCAACUUCAUGACCACAUUCGUGCACGAGGGAGAUGAAAUCUUUGAUAAGGGGGCGAUAGCGUUGAACUACAUCAGGGGAUGGUUCAUAGUUGACGUCGUGUCCUCCAUCCCCACGGAAACUAUCUCGCAGAUAACGAUCAUGACGAUGAGCUCGAGCACGCAGUCCUCGGGAUCGUUGUCGGCUCUCUAUCAACUCAAAGUCAUCAGAAUCAUCAGGCUCGCCAAGCUGCUCCGCCUGGCAAAGUUAGGGAAGAUCAUUGACAAGCUCGAGCUGGCUUACCCGGCCUCCACUCCUCUCUUCGGUCUCGGACGCCUGCUCUUCAUCCUCGCUGUGGUGGCGCAUAUCAACGCCUGUCUCUUCUACUGGAUCGGGAGCUUGAACCCAGGCAACAGCUGGGUGUCCAAGUACAUCUUCGGUUGCUGCGACACAUCCAUCACCCUGCUCACCGCUGAGGGGUAUGGUGAGUCUGGGACUGAAUGCUACCAUCCGAGUGCAUUGCCCUCCGUCGAGGUCUUGUACGUCCAAUCGAUCUACUGGUCGUUCGUUACGCUGUCAACGGUUGGUUAUGGUGAUAUCACUCCCUGCAAUGAGAUGGAGAUGAUGUACACGUCGGCUGCUAUGGUUCUCGGUAGCGCGCUGUUUGCCUACAUCGUAGGAAGCAUCUCGACAGUUGCGAUGAGCGCCAACAAUCAGGACCUCAAGAUGAAAGAAAGGGUGCAAGUCAUGCAGGAGUACUUGACAGAGAGAAAAUUCCCUGCCGACAUCUCAGACAGGGUGAGGAAGCAUUGCAUGAACAAGUGGAAGCGGACGAUCUUUGACGAGCAAUUCUUGCUAAACGAGAUCCCCUCCAAGCUUCGGUUCAGCUUGCUGCAGUAUGUUCACAGUGACCUGAUAGAGAACGUAAACCUGCUGAAAGCAAUCCACGUGGAGUGCCCCGGGGUGCUGAUGAGUCUGCUGCCGCGCAUAAAGGUCACCACCUUCCAACCCAACGAAGUCAUCUUGGAGUACAACGACACCUCCUACAACUUCUACAUCAUCAAGAUGGGAGAAGUGAGCAUCCUGUACAAAGAAGCCGCUGAAGAUUCCUGCUCGCUGGGCAUGUGGGACAGUUUCAACGAGGAGGAGUUCCUGAGCCAACUGAAGUCAGACUUCAUGGCCACAGCCACUACCUUCACAGAGCUCCUGAUCCUCCGGCAGAUCGACCUGCAAGAGGUACAUGAAGCGCAUCCCUACUUCGAGAGCUUCAUCUCCAGCCACCUCGAAAAAGAGGCUGACAAGCAUUCCAACGCUCGUCACAGCGAUUGCUCCCUCAACGACAAGGACGCGACUGUGACGCAGCCUGAGCCCACGGUCGACCUCGAGCUCCAUGAGAAGGAGGACUCGCAGCAUUUCUCGCAGCUCUUCACCUGCAUGAAGGCGCUGCAUCACGACGUUGACGAGCUGUGCAACAGGUCCAGCCUGGUGCCUUCGGUACGGCGAGUCUCGUCAGUAGAGAUCCACCAGAAGGAAGAGAAGGAGCGCAAGAUGAGGUAUGCUCGGGGCAGCCGUGCGAGUACUCGAAACAUUCUCAGUGUCGUCUCGCCAAUCACCGAACCUCUCGUUUGA